GCUGGCUGCUUUCAGGCGUGGACUAGGGCAGAGCUCCAGGAUAGCCUCUCGUCGACUCUCCACAGUCGUUCCGGCAGCCUCUGAAUUCAGUCUCAACGAACAUGUAGUGGGCCAAGGACUGCAAGAUGCCGCCCAAUCCUCUUCACAUUCGGUGUUGACGGCGGGUUUAUCACUUCCGAAUGACAUCAUUCGCCCUGUCUACCUCGAGAUGUCGUCCUUGAUUCGCCCAGAGGAGAACGCCGAACUGUCUGACGAACUUGUGGAGCUCGACCCAGACGUAUUCUCCCAUCCCAUCCGCCGAGACAUCCUCCACCUCUGCGUUAUUCAUCAUCUCGAUUGUCAACGUCAGGGAAGCGCGAACACGAAGACGCGCGGCGAGGUCCGGGGAUCUGGACGGAAAAUCCGACCCCAGAAGGGUUCCGGCCGAGCCCGUCUUGGCGAUGGUCAAAGUCCCAUGCUGCGGGGUGGAGGUGUCGCGUUUGGACCCAGGCCGAGAGACUUCGCAACCAAGCUCAACCGCAAGGUCAUCGAGAUGGGGAUGAGGGUCGCGCUGAGCGCAAGGGUGAAGGAGCAGUCGUUGGGGGUCGUCCGGAGCUUGGAGUGGCCAGGGUACAAGACGAAGGAUCUUCACCAGCGCAUCGAGGAGCUCGGGUGGUGGAGGACGCUGUUUGUCACCGGCCAUGACCAGAUACCUGGCGGUCUCGAUCGGACGAGCAGCAACCUCCCGAUGGUCGAAACAGUCAGGGCGGCGGACCUCAACGUCUACACUGCGCUGAAGUGGCCACGUCUUGUUCUCGACCUCGCUGCGGUGGAGUGGUUUGAACGGGCUCUGGGUAAGCCUCAGGUCGCGCCUCGCGGGUACAAGCUAUGAUCUAGUAUACUUUACGCGGUUAAUGUAUUGCGUUAAUUCUCG